AUGAUAAUUACUAGUCAAACUUUUGAGAAAGUGUUGCUAAGGCUAUUCAAUGGCUAUCCAGUACAAAAUAGAUUGGCUAUAGCAUUAUCUGGUGGUCCAGAUUCUAUGUUAUUAACUUAUUUAUUAACUGAAUUCAAACUGAUUUAUAAACAAGAUUUAUCAUUACAUGCUAUAACAAUUGAUCAUCAGUAUAGAAAAGAUUCAAGUUUGGAAGCUAAAAGUAUAACAAAGAUUUUGGAAGGUUGGAAUGUGUCUCAUACUGUUGCUGAAUUGAAAUAUGAAAAGGACCCUACGCUAAUUUCCAAUUUUGAAGAAGUUGCAAGAAUUAAAAGGUACGAAAAAUUACAAGAUGAGUGUGAAAAACGAGAUAUAUCAGUAUUAUUUUUAGGACAUCAUCUAGAUGAUCAAUUGGAAACAUUUGUACAAAGGUUACAAGGUAAUUCUUCAAUUUUUGGUUUAUCGGGUACUAGAAAAACUACUAGUUUACCAAUUUCAAAAGAUUUGCCACCAGAUAUUUCAAAAAGAAAAGUACACUUAUUUAGACCUUUAUGGCAGUUUGAUAAGAAAUCUAUAACUGAAACUUGUCAGGUCAAAGAUGUACCUUAUUUUAAAGAUCCAACUAAUGAUGAUGUAAAUUUAACAAGAAGAAAUUAUAUUAGAAAUUUGAUUAACGCGGGGCAAAUUAACAAGCUUGAUUUGAUAGACUUACAAGUGAAAUGUACUGAGUUUACUGACUUACUCGAGGAAAGGGCUAAUAAUUUGUAUAAAUACUUGAAAAACAAUUCAAUGUAUGAGGAAUUUCCACAUUUGGGUAUGAUCAAAAUGCAAAUUCCAAGAAGAUGUUUUGAUAAAGAGAAUGAAUUGAUAACAAGUAGAUUUUUAUAUCAGAAAUUGCAUCCUAUAUCAUCAUCAAAACAUUAUCAUUGGAUUUACGCUAAAAUUGAACGACAAUUAAUUCCUAAAAUACAAAAAUUUUUAGAGGAAGAGUCGAGCUAUUUGAAGCUAAGUAUAAUGAACUGUGAGUGUAUCAUCAAGAAGGAUCAUGAUUUUGUUUCAAUUGAUAUAUCUCGAUGUAAUGUUGCAAGAUUUGAAAUUCCAAAUAUUUCGUAUACUGAAAAUGUGCUGAAUUUAUGGAGUGAUUGGAAGUUAUUUGACUCAAGAUUUUGGCUAAGGUUUAAUUCCUCAAUAGACAUGGCAAUCAAACUUAUACCUUAUAGUAAAUCACAUCAACAGAUACUUCAUUCUGAUUUGAUUCAAUUUAGAGACAAGUUGCAUAAUAAUUUACCAUGUGUGUUGUACAAUGACAGAAUAAUAUUAUUUCCAACCUUGAAUAUAAAUGUAAAUAGUCAACUACAAGUUGAAUGGUCAUUAAAGGCCAAUAGAUUUGAUUAUUAUAAGUAUAGUAAUAAUUUAUAGUAGCUUAUAUAGUACUGCAUAUAAGUAGUUUACUGCAAUGUAAGAAAAAAAAAUAUAAAUAUAAACCAAAUUGUAUACCAACUAAAUUUGACAACCAAUUUGUUAAAUAGAGGAUUAUGCCCUCUACAUCUUCUUAUAAAGGUUUGAUUCCUAAUCAAGGAAGUAUAUCUAAUAUAGGAGGAUCUAAUUCUAUACAAUCACCAAAACCACCUUUAAUUCAACCAUCAUUACAAUCUGUUGUUACGCCUAGGGCAAAAUUACCUACAAUUAAUAAACCAUCAGUUAAACCACAACAAUUAUUCAAACUAAGUCAUCAAAGGAUAAAUAUAGAUAUUGAUUUAUCUGAUAAUUCAAUAAAUGGUUUUACUGAAUUAACUAUUAUACCUACUUCAAAUACAUUAAAAUUAAUUAAACUAGAUUGUCGAGAAUUAAAUAUUAAAGAUAUUAUAAUUAAUGAUAUCCCAUGUACAAAUUAUGUUUAUGAUGAUAUUUUAUAUCUUAAUGAUCCAUCUAUAUUUGAAGAAUCUAUAAAUGAGAAUAAAAUUAAUUUAAUGGAUUUAUAUUCAGAAAAUAUAGGCAUACAUCAACAUCAUAUUAUUAAAGAAAAACUCAAUUAUAUACUAAAUGAUGAAGAGUCAAAUACUCAAGAAUUGAAAAUUCUACUACCUGAAAAUAUGAAUUUUGAAUUAACUGAUUUAAAUAGUUUAAAUACCCCAGGAAGUCAUCCAAAUACAGCUACUCCAUUACAUUUAAAAUCAAAAAACACAGUAAAUGAAUUUUAUACUCCAAUUACAAUUAAAAUAAAUUAUUAUUUAAAAAAUCCACAAAAUGGUGUUAAUUUUAUAACGAAUGAUAAUAUUGAUAAAAAAUCAUGGCAUGCAUAUACUUUAAAUUCAGAUUAUAAUAUUUCAACUUCUUCAUGGGUACCUUGUAUUGAUAAUUUUUGGGAACGAUGUACAUGGUCAUUAGAAAUAAAUAUACCCAGAUCAUUAAAAGAUAUAGGAAAUCCAAGAAUAAUGGAUUCUACACAACAUGAAGAAGAUCAAGAUAUGGAAGAAGAUGAUGAAGGAGAAGAAGAUAAUGACGAUUUAGAUUUAACUGUAUGUUCUGGUGAUUUCAACAAUGUUAAAGAAACUCCACACCCCCACGAUUUUUCCAAAAAAAUAGUUUCAUGGUCUAUAUUCAAUCCAGUUUGUGCUCAUCAUGUUGGUUGGGCAAUUGGUUGUUUUUCAAGUUUUACAUUAGCUCCAAUAAUUGAUAAAGUUGAAAAUCAAGAUGAUGAGGAAGAAUCAGAUAAUACAAAUUUUGAUGAUAAAGAUGGUACAAAUUCUCCAAUUACAAUUUAUGCAUUACCUCAAGAUUUAGAAAUAGCUCAAAAUACCUGUAUUAUAGCAAAUCGAGCAUUGGAUUAUUUUCUGAAAGAAUUUGGUUCAUUUCCGUUUAGUUCUUAUAGUAUGGUUUUUGUUAAAUUUUCACCAAUAAUGAGUAAUGGAUUUGCUGGUUUAUCAAUAUUAUCAGAUCAAUUAUUAUACCCUCCAAAUUUAAUAGAACCAAUGUUUACAACAACUGAUAUACUUUUGAAAAGUAUUGCAUCACAAUGGGCUGGUAUAAAUAUAGUUCCACAAACUUUUAAUGAUAUGUGGUGUACCAUUGGAAUUGCUGGUUUUAUGGCAACAUCAUAUAUAAAAAAGUUAAUGGGUACAAAUGAAUAUCGUUAUCAAAUUAAAAAUACAAUGAAUAAGAUAGUGGAAGAAGAUAUUGGUAAAAAACCAAUUGCAAUGCAAUUAUUUAAAUUCCCUGUUUUUGAAAAAGACUUAGAAUUUUUAUGGUUAAAAUCUCCAAUUGUUUUAUAUAUAUUAGAUAAUCGAAUGAUUAAAACUGAUAAAUCAUUUGGAUUAUCAAGAGUUUUACCUAAAUUAUUUCUUCAAGCAAUGUCUGGAGAUUUACCAAAUGGUACUUUAUCAACUGAACAUUUUCAAUAUGUUUGUGAAAAAGUAAAUAGAAAUAAACUUGAUAAUUUUUUUAAACAAUGGAUUUUUGGUGCUGGUUGUCCAAUAUUCAGAAUUAGUCAAAGAUUUAAUAGGAAAAAGGGUAUGGUUGAAAUGAAUAUUCGUCAAGUACAACAUCAUGAACAUAAACAUAAACGUUUAAAAGAAUCAACAUAUAUUGAUGAUGCAAUUUCUUAUUUAGAUGAUUUACAAGAUUAUCCAAUUCAACCAAUUUUUACUGGUCCAAUGACUGUAAGAAUUCAUGAAUCAGAUGGUUCACCAUAUGAACAUAUAGUUGAUUUAAAAGAUGGUAAUGUUAAAUUAGAUAUUCGAUAUAAUUCAAAAUUUAGAAAAAUAAAGAAAAAAGAUGAAGGUAUUGAUCCAGGUAUUGAUUUUAAUCAAUUUGGUGAUGUACUAAUUGAUCCACAAGAAAUGCAUCAAUGGAAUUUACAAGAUUGGGAUAAAAGAGAUGAAGAAUCUUUAAGUUCUGAACCAUUUGAAUGGAUUAGAGGUGAUGUUGAUGCUGAAUGGAUUGCAAAAAUUGAUGUUAAACAACCCGAUUUUAUGUAUGGUUCACAAUUAAUUUAUGAUCGAGAUGUCGAUGCACAAAUGGAAGCUAUUAGAUAUUUUGGAGAAGUUGAAAAACCAACAAAGAUAUAUUGCACUGCAUUAGUAAGGACAAUAAUGGAUCCAAGAUAUUUUUAUGGUGUUAGAAUUGCUGCUGCAAAGGCUUUAGCUACUUGUUCAAAUGAAUCAAAUAAUUUUAUUGGUGUUCCUUAUUUAAUUGCAACUGUUAAAUCAUUAUAUUGUUUCCCAGAUAGUUCAAUUCCAAAAUCUAAUGAUUUCAAUGAUUUUCGAAGUUAUUUACUAUUAAAAUCUAUACCAAGUAUGUUAGUAUUAGUUAAAGAUAAUCAAGGUAAAGUGCCAAAGGCAAUUCAACAAUUAUUAUUAAAUUUAGUUAAAUAUAAUGAUAAUUCAAUGAAUCAAUUUGAUGAUUGUUUAUAUGUUUCUGAAUUGAUUAAAAAUUUAACUAAAAGUGCUAUAUUAGGUUGGAAUGAAGAUUCAAAUGAAAGAUUUGUUCAAUUAGUAUUAACUGAAUUAAAUAGAUUACAAAAAUUAGAUCAAUGGACUCCGUCAUAUCAUAAUAUUAUCGAAAUUACCUGCAUCAAAGCUAAGAUUAAAAUGGCACUAGUUGGUGCUAUUCAAUUAUCAUUUGAAGAUUUAUUAAUUUUAACAUUAGAUAAAUAUCCAAUGGAAAGUAGAGUUGAAUCAAUGAGAGGUUUAUUACAAUUGGGUGGAUUGAAGAAUAAAACAAUUUUAAAUUAUUUUUUAAAAUUAUGUUUAUUAAAUUUUACAAGACCAUCAUAUAGAAAGAAAUUGAUUGAAAGUUUAAUUAAAUCAUUAGUUUCAGCUGCAAUUCAUGGUGGUGCUUCAAAUUUAGAUGAUCCUGAAUUUAGAACUGAACAAAACCAAGAAGUUCAAACCGAUCAAAUGAUUAUAAUAGAUGAAGGUUCAAAUAAAGAUAUGAGAAAUAAACAUGAUUUAAUGGCUAGAGAAUCUAUAAAAGGUUCAAUUAAAAUUUUAAGAAGAGAUUUUUCAAUUGGAAAAGGAUUAAAAUUGGUAUUUUGGGAAUUAAUUCAUUCUUCAUUAUUAUCAAUUAAUGAAAAACGAGAUAUUUAUCUUAUGACACAAAUUUUAUAUAAUAAUAUUGAUUCAUUUAUUGUUAAAUUAUCUGUUCCAAAUGUUCCAAUACAAGAAUUUAAGAAGAAAAUAGUUGCAAAGAAUUUAGGUGAUGGUAAAGUUGUAUUUAGAAGAGAAGGUAGAUUUAAAAUUCAAUUAGCAAGUAGAUUUUUACCAAAACCAGUUGUAAAACAAGAAAAAUCAUUAAGAGUAUCAUUAAGAUCAUCAAUUGAACAAAUACCACCACCACCUCCAAUUGUAACCCGUGAAUCAUUAGUUGAAGAUAAUGCAGGAUUGAUAACUAUAAAAUUACCAAAAGAAAGACUAAAAAUAAUUAAACAAAAUGCUGAAAAUAGAAUAUAUCAAUCUUCAAAUGUUUAUAUUUCAAAUUUUGUUGUUAAAAUCAAAUCUCUACAAUUGAGAAUUGAACCAUUUCAUCGAUAUAUUAAAAUUAAUACUAAAAGAAGAAUUAUUGAAAGGUCAAAACAUCCCUUUGAUGAGGAUGUCAAAUACAUAAAAACCGACGAUAUUAGAAACGAUUUAGUUUCAGCAGGUUCAACUUUUGUACCUGCAAUUAAUCAAGAAAGUAUAUCGAUGAAAACUGAUCAAAAUAAUAUCGAAACUAUGGAGUUAGAUAAUGAGGAACAGAAUAAGAAUCAAGGUGAUAAUAUAAAGAAAGAAAAUGAAAAUGAAAGGAGUCAAAUUAAUACUGAAAAUAGACCAGAUGAAUCUAGUAAUUUAAAUCAUGCAGAUAACGAAGCUAAUCAAUCAAAUGGGACAAGUAUUGUUAAUGAACCACCACAGAAAAUUUCUAAUAACGCUGAAAUUAAAGUUGUAAAUAAACCUGAAGAUACAUCUGGUGGUAAUUCAAUUGAAGAUAAUGUUGAACACAAGGUUGAAGAGGUUCCUGAAGAGGUUCCUGAAGAGGUUCCUGAAGAUGUACCUGAGGAUGAGGCUGAUCAUAAAACUCCCAUUGAUACUAGUCAAGCAAAUGAGGUUGAAAAGGAAGCAUCGAUUACCAUUGAAGAAAAAGACAAUGUAAUGCUUAAUUCAAAGAAUCACACCAAUGGAAACUUAACACCAACUCAAUCACCACAGAAACAACCUCAAGAAGAAAACAAUGAAUCAAAUGAAGUACAGAAACCAAAAUUACCUAAAAUACGUUUCAAAUUGACAAAGAAUGAUUCUGAGAAAAAAUCAAAUAAUGAUACUCCAGAAGCAACAAAUGAAAAUAGAAAUGGAGAUGAAAACCAGAACUUAUGA